CUCCCUUUUUUGUAUUCCAGUUCAGUUUGUUGGUUCAGCAAAUCCUUACCCUCUUUAUUUGUCCUAAUCUUUGGUCUUAAAAUAGUAACGUUAGAUUUUUACCUCUUAACAACCCAUUUUUCAUAUUCCCUUAAAGCAUUACAGCUGGAAACCACUUAAUUUCUAUCCAACAUCGUUCUAACAUUCAUUGAUUUUACAAUAUUUCUGUAGAUAAUCCUUGAACUUCUUCCACCGACUCUUCUCCCUGGUCUCGGAUUCUGCCAGUCAUUUCUGCCAGUUCCAUAUAGUCCAUCAACUUCAUCUGCCAUUCUUCCAGAGUGGGUAGAUCUUGUAUCUUCCAAUACUUUGCAAUGAGUAUUCUUGCUGCUGUCAUGGCAUACAUAAAAAAAGUUCUAUCCUUCUUUGGCACCUAUUGACCGACUAUGCCCAGGAGAAAGGCCUCUGGUUUUUUCAAGAAGGUAUAUUUAAAUACUUUUUUCAGUUCAUUGUAUAUCAUUUCCCAGAAAGCCUUAAUCCUUGGGCAUGUCCACCAAAGGUGAAAGAAUGUACCUUCAGUUUCUUUACAUUUCCAACAUUUGUUAUCGGGCAAAUGAUAAAUUUUUGCAAGCUUGACUGGGGUCAUGUACCACCUGUAUAUCAUUUUCAUAAUAUUCUCUCUUAAGGCAUUACAUGCCGUAAACUUCAUACCUGUGGUCCAUAACUGUUCCCAGUCAGCCAUCAUUAUGUUGUGUCCGACAUCUUGUGCCCAUUUAAUCAUAGCAGAUUUCACCAUUUCAUCCUGAGUAUUCCAUUUCAACAGCAAGUUAUACAUCUUUGACAAAAUCUUAGUUUUGGGUUCUAAUAGUUCUGUUUCUAAUUUUGAUUUUUCCACCUGGAAACCAAUUUUCUUAUCCAACUUAUAUGCCUCCAUUAUCUGAUAAUAAUGAAGCCAAUCUCGCACUUUGUUUUUUAAUUUCUCAAAACUCUGCAAUUUCAGUCUAUCUCCGUCUUGUUCCAAAAUUUCCCAAUAUUUCGGCCAUUUGGCCUCCAUAUUGAGCUUUUUCAGAGCUUUUGCUUCCAUCGGUGACAACCACCUUGGAGUUUUAUUUUCCAAUAAGUCCUUGUAUCUUAUCCAGACAUUAAACAAUGCUUUCCUAACAAUGUGAUUUUUAAAUGCUUUAUGUGCUUUGACCUUAUCAUACCACAGAUAUGCAUGCCAUCCAAAUACAUUGUUGAACCCUUCUAGAUCCAAAAUGUCAGUGUUUUCAAGAAGCAGCCAUUCUUUCAACCAGCAAAAAGCUGCUGAUUCAUAGUAAAGUUUAAAGUCUGGCAGGGCAAAUCCACCUCGUUCCUUUGCAUCUGUUAAUAUUUUAAAUUUUAUUCUAGGCUUCUUGCCCUGCCAGACAAAUUUAGAAAUAUCUCUCUGCCACCUCUUGAAACAGUCCAUUUUGUCCACAAUUUGCAGUGUUUGAAACAAAAACAACAUUCUAGGCAAUACAUUCAUUUUUACCACAGCAAUACGGCCCAGCAGUGAAAGCUUCAAAUUUGACCAAAUUUCUAAAUCUUUUUUCACUUCAGCCCAGCAUUUUUCAUAGUUGUCUUUAAAUAAAUUCCCAUUUUGUGCUGUCAUGUUAAUGAAAUACUAGGAACUUUAGACUCCUCUCCAAAUUUUUCAAUUCCUCCUCUUUACUACAAAAUUUUGUUACUACAGUGCAUGAUCUUGUUUUCCCCUCUUCCAUCUCCAUCUUUGGUGUUUCUUCUCUUAAAACAUGGGCCACUUUUUUCUGCUGAAAGGUGAGAUAAAAAUCAUUUUUUGGGGGGGAGGAAUAUACUCUUGUCAGUUUGAUAUGAAUUACCUCGACGAUACAAUAGGGAUUAAAUGUGGCACUGACAAGUCCUAUAAUUAGGGAGCAAUCCUAGCUCCACUUAACAAGGGAGUAAUUUCCAUGGAGCUAGUUCUGGGUCCCCCCCCCCCUUCUGAGUGUUCUUAGGUUAUGCAGCUCUAAUAAAAUGAAUGCUAAGGUUAUUCAUGUUGAAUAACAAGGGAGAAUCCGCACCGGAGGGAAUUCCUCCUUGUGCUAUGAUUCCUCAGCACUACACAGGAGCCGUGCGCGUUCUUUCCGUGUGUAUCUGUGAAUCGUUGCGGGAUGUGACUGGGCAUGGCAUGUUUACUUCUAGAAAGCUAGAGGCGGCCUGGAGGUUCCUCAGUCCGGAGAACAAAGACUGGGCGUGCGAGAAGGAGGAUGAACCAAUCGGAAAGCUUUGCCAUCACUGGUCCAACCAGGACAGAGCCCGGGAUAUUCAAACUUUUUCAACGGCUGCGUUGCAGACCUCAGCCAAUAGGACCACGAGGAUUCGGCUAUAAAUAUCCGCCAGCCCAGUCGCUGCCUUCAUUGUUUCCAAGUACUGCAGAGAGGUUAACUUUGUUGCUGACUUCCUUGGAAAGAUGGCCAGGACCAAGCAGACCGCCCGCAAAUCUACCGGCGGCAAAGCGCCGCGCAAGCAGCUGGCCACGAAGGCUGCGCGUAAAAGCGCUCCGGCCACCGGGGGCGUGAAGAAGCCUCACCGCUACCGCCCGGGCACGGUGGCGCUGCGCGAGAUCCGUCGCUACCAGAAGUCUACGGAGCUUCUGAUCCGCAAGCUGCCCUUCCAGCGUCUGGUGCGCGAGAUCGCGCAGGACUUCAAGACGGACCUUCGUUUCCAGAGCUCUGCGGUGAUGGCUCUGCAGGAGGCGAGCGAGGCUUACCUGGUGGGUCUGUUCGAAGACACGAACCUGUGCGCCAUCCACGCCAAGCGGGUGACCAUCAUGCCCAAAGACAUCCAGCUCGCCAGGCGCAUCCGCGGGGAAAGAGCUUAAAAAACUACAGAAUUUCAUUUCGGCAAACUCGUAACAACCCAAAGGCUCUUUUAAGAGCCACCCACUCCUUCAUUUAAAGAGCUGGUCGCUGCUUAAGCAUUUUAUCAGGAAAAAAUCUCAUCUAUGUUAAUACUGUCCAAAAUACAUAACCGGCUAUCCCUGGUAUGGCUUCUACUGCAUUUGUAUCUUUGUAUAUUUGAGGAAGGACAUAAAGUGAAAAGGUUGGGGGGGGGAAUGGGCACUGGUGGGUGCAUGGCGGAUAGGGUUUAGCAGAGUAUGGCAAAGGAGGAGACCUCACUACCCUAUUCUCGUGAAUUUAUACGGACUCAAAGCACUGACAAGGGUGGCAGCAGCUCCUUCAGGCUGGAGAUGCGGGGGAUUUAAAGGAUUGACUAGUGGUGACUGGCGCUAGCGCGUACUGGAAUUUCAGCGGUCAUUCUUGUGGGCGGAGUAAGGGAGGGAUAUACCUAGCGGGAAAUCGUGUGUCUACACCCCUGGAACUCGUACACCAAACUUUGUUUCACUAGAGUCCCCCUCGCGAAACUGUUGGCCACUCUUCAGUCUGAACCAGCGAUGACUUUUAUUAAAAUGCCCUCAAUUCACGCUUAGCUGACAACACAGGAGUAAUCACGCUCAAGCAAACUACAGUACACUACUGCCCUGUAAAACAAAGUACCCCAAACCAUACUGCUAAAGAGGCGAACCACUCAACCCUGUGCGUACCUGCACCAAAGUGCUAGCGCAGAGUAGGGUGUAAGUGCGCACAGGGAUUGCAGCGUCCCUUUAUUUUUAUUAAAAAGCGGGCGAGAGGGGUGUGUGAGUUUCAAAGUACGGGGAGAACCUCUGGUGCGCAAGUCAGCUCUUUCCGUGUGAGAAAGUGGGUGGCUCUUAAAAGAGCCUUUGGGAUGGCGAGGGCUGCUGGCGGGCGGGCGUGGCGUGGCCUCUUCACUUCUUCUUGGGCGCCGCCUUCUUGGGCUUGGCCACUCGGGCCUUGGGCGUCUUGGGCUUGGCUUUGGCCUUGGCCUUGACAGCCUUGGCUUUAGCGGGGCUCUUGGGCGCCGCCUUCUUGGGCUUGGCGGCCUUGGCCUUCUUGGGGCUCUUGGCCGCCGCUUUCUUGGCGCCCGCCGCCGGCUUCUUGGCCGCGGCCGCCUUCUUGGGGCUCUUCUUGGCGGCCGGCUUCUUGGGCUUCUUGGCCGAGCCGGAGGCGGGCUUCUUGGGCGCCGCCUUCUUGGUGCGCCCGGCGGCCGGCUUCUUCUUGGCCCCCGCGGCCGCCGCCGCCGCCGCCUUGUCCCUGGCCGUGUCGUGCAGCUGCUUCUUGUUGAGCUUGAAGGAGCCCGAGGCGCCCGUGCCUUUGGUCUGCACCAAGGUGCCUUUGCUGACGAGGCUCUUGAGGCCCAGCUUGAUGCGGCUGUUGUUCUUGUCCACGUCGUAGCCGGCGGCCGCCAGCGCCUUCUUGAGCGCCGCCAGGGACACCCCGUUGCGCUCCUUGGACGCGGCCACCGCCUUGGUCAGCAGCUCCGUCACGCUGGGACCCGACGCCUUG